AUGUCUACGAGCGUUGAGAAAGCAAUUCCCUUGGAGUUCGACUUGGGCAACAUGAGUGCCUUUGAUGUGACCCCCUUAGACCAAACGAAAUUGAACUCUCAAAAUAGUCGGGAAAAAGAAGAUUAUUUGGCAUCUAUGGCUCGUGAUAAUACUCAGUUGCUUGUCAACAAAAUGUUGGCUUUACCUAAAGAACGAACUCAAGAUGGCGUAUUGCUUGCUUUGCCCGAAACUACCACUCCCACUCCGAGAGCUAAGCAUUUGCCCAAGCCUAAACCAGAAACGAAAUGGGCACGCUUUGCUCGCCUUAAGGGUAUAGCACCCAAGAAGCGCGAAGGAAAAUUGGUUUUCGACGAGGCUUCAGGAGAAUGGGUUCCUAAAUGGGGAUAUAAAGGCAAGAACAAAGAGUUGGAUACUCAAUGGAUCGUUGAAGACGGAGAAAGGGAAAAGAAGAUGACUUCAAAGCAAGUCAGACAUAGUUCCAGAGACGCUAAACGCACUCGUCGGUAA